GUUCAAAUCUCGGUGGAACCUAUUUUUGUGUUACUCUUUUUCCUUUCCUGGAGAGAAAGAUCAAAUCCCUAACUUACCACUCUUCUCGCUAUGCACCCCACUGGAACCCCUAAAUUAAUCUUUCCUGAACAACAUCCAAAUACCUUACUUUCUCAUUUUUCCUUUUUCCCCAUCCCAACCCAAUAUGGAACAAGAAACUCGGCAAAAGAUCGAGGAAACGGUGAAGGAUAUACUGAGCAAAGCCGAUAUGGAAGAGAUGACUGAGUUUAAAGUCCGAGUCACGGCCUCUGAGCGGCUUGGAAUCGACCUUUCUGAUUUUAGUCACAGAAAAUUUAUUAGAGAAUUAGUGGAGUCUUUUCUUCUCUCCACUGUCGAAGAAAAUGUGGAUGGGAAACAACCCAAUACCAAGCCCGUGGAAGAGGAGGCUAAAGAAGCUAUUAAGGUUAAGAAAGAAAUUGAGGGGGACGGAGGUCGUAUUAUUUGUAAGCUAGCAGACAAGACGAAUGUGGUUGUUCAUGAUUUUAGAGGAAAAAGUUAUGUAUCCAUUAGAGAGUUCUAUGUGAAAAAUGGAAAAGAGCUCCCAUCUGCAAGAGGAGUUAGCUUGGUAAGUGAAACCUGGUCAACUUUAAAGAAUAGUUUCCCUGCAAUUGAUGAAGCUAUCACUAAGAUGCAAUCAAAGCUAAGAGACAAACUUGAUCAUCAACACAACAGAGAUGUCUCUAACUCAGGGACUGCUUUUUCUCAUGAAAUUUCCCCAAUUGAAACCACUCGUUUCUAUGGAAAGAAUUACCAUUGCUGGGCAGAACACAUGGAACUUUUCUUAAAGCAAUUGCAGAUUGCGUAUGUGCUUACUGAUCCAUGCCCUAGUCUCAAUAUUAGUUCUGAAGCAACCAGUGAAGAACUGGCUCAAGCCAAAGUUGCUGAAAAAAAGUGGAUGAAUGAUGACUACCUGUGUCACCACUGCAUUUUGAGCGCUUUGUCUGAUAACCUGUAUUAUCAAUUCUCAAAGAAAGCUAAGACUGCUAAAGAGCUGUGGGAAGAGCUAAAAUUAGUCUAUCUUUACGAGGAAUUUGGAACAAAGAGAGCUCAAGUUAGAAAGUACAUUGAAUUUCAAAUUGUUGAUGAAAGACCAAUUGUUGAGCAAAUGCAAGAACUCAACAUCAUAGCUGAUUCUAUUGUCGCAACUGGAAUAAUGGUUGAUGAGAAUUUUCAUGUUAGUGCCAUCAUUUCCAAGCUACCACCAUCCUGGAAGGACUUCUGUGUUAAGUUGAUGCGUGAAGAACACCUUCCUUUCUGGAUGUUGAUGGAACAAGUAAGAGUUGAGGAGUUGUCUCGUAACCGAGUCAAACAAGCAGUGCAUUCGAAGUCUGCAAACUUUGAUCCACCCAACAAUCUUGGGCCAAGGAUAAGGGAUAUAAAGAAAACAGGUGUGCCCUGGAAAAAGCGAGAAUCAGAAAUGCAUGGUAAGCCCAUACAAUGUAACUAUUGUGGGAAGAAGGGGCAUAUUUCCAAGAUCUGCCGUAAUAGAAAAAUCGAAAAAGCUGUGAAUGGGAAUCAGAAUGGUGAGAAUUCAACAAUACCUGCUGUUGCAGAGGUAAACAUGAUUGAUAGUAAUGUAUAGUUAAUUGGAAUGGAUGCUGUUUUGGUAGCUCAGGUCUUCUAUUCCGUUGUAUUAGGUAAUAAACACUAAAUCGCUUUAAUUUUAUUCUACAUGCCCAUUCUAUGCGGGUGGAACAUUUUGUAAAUGGUUUAAGAUUGGUUAACAUAUUGCAGAUCCUUCGUCACUGUCA